AUGGACAGAACUCCUGAGCAUGAUUUUGGAAGUCCAGUUUAUGCUGUGUAUUAUGCGGAUCAGAAUUUCGCAAAUUCCCCUAAGGAUAUCUUCACGGAAUUAAAGGACGCCGCCAAAUUUGCUAAAUCGCCGGAAGCGAAAAGCAAUGGGGCUCGUUUCAAAAGGUUUCCGUCAACACAAGAAGCUCUGAGCUUUUUAGCUUCAGGAGAUGCAUGCCCUUCUCCUUUCGUCACAAGCACUGCGGAUGAUAAAAAGCCGGUUGGAGAACCAAAAAUUGCCUUCCCAUCACUAUCUGCUCCACAGAAAACAGCACUUAAGAAACAUGUAGAGAAAGACGAAAUCGAGCAGUUCUGCGAUAAAAUAGAUUCUAAUCCUCGUUAUAUCAUCAACACUGAUGGAGAUACAGCAGCCAUAAUUAUGGAAGGCUUUCGUUACAAUAUUCUGCAUUUAGCAGCCAAGUCGGGGAAAGUUUUAGCGAUCGAUGAGUUAUUCAAACGUUUGAACAGUGUGGACUACUAUUUGAAGUGUUAUGGAACUUCAUUAGAGGAUGUAGCGUUCAGAAAGCAAAAUAUUCUGAAUGCUUAUUUGAAUACACCGGACAAGGGUAGUUGCGAUACUCCACUUCACAUGGCGGCAAAGUUUGGUCAUCCUGAAGUUAUUAAAGUUCUCUUAUCCCAACCCCUGUUGGACAAGACGUUGAGAAACAAAGAAGAUAAGUUAGCCUCUGAUGUAAUAUGCGACCGAUAUAAUGGGGAAGACAAGACUACCAAAAAGCAAGAAAUUGCAUUACUUCUCAAUGGUUGGUUUGUCGCUUUAUAUAGAAACUCCUUAGAUGCGACGAAUACUAGAGUUGAUUCCAUUGAUCAUUUUCCGAAACUCACAAUAAUUGUUAAUAAUGCUACUAUUAGCUCAUCUCCUGAUAAAGCUAAAUAUCAAUUAGCUGCAUGUGCAGGGCCUUUUUUAUCGCAACCUGAAGCUGAUAUGUUUUAUAAAGAAUGGACAACUUCAAAAAAAGAAAUUAAAGAAAUCAAGCUAACCGAUAGUGAGAAGGGAUACGAAAGAGUGGGCAGGCAGUUAGCCAAAGAGAAAGGCAUUAUCUGGAAUGAAUCCUGGUUCUUCAUCGAUAAUCGGCUACUUAAUCUCGAGGAUGAUUCGAGUCUGGACGUUCUUGAAUCUUUCUUCAAAUCAAGAAGAAGUGGAUCUAAAGACAAUAGUGGAGAGUCGAAAGAGAACAUAAAUCGAAGACUUUCUUUUGGAUCUGACAGUGAUGAAGAAGAUUAUCAAGGAAGACUGUUUGAUGAUGAUGUAGAAGAAGAUGUGUUUGAGGAUGCUCCGGAAUUUUUCCUGGAUACUUCCUUGAAUGGAUUGGAGUUUCAACUCGAGAAACUAUCAUUAACAUCUCCAAUAAAUCUAAUCAAACGAGAACCCUUGAUGUGCGAAGAUGAUCGUUUCGUAACUCCACCCUCUUCUCCUCCUCCUAUAUACGUUUUGAACGAGCCAACUAAAACUGAUAACGAUUUGUUCUUGGCUUUGAGCUUAUUAGAUCGCCAGAGGAUAGAUAGAUGCCCGAGUAUCAGCCAUUUCAUGAGAAAAAUAGCUUCUUUAUCAGCAAAAGUGAGAAUGGAUUGGCCAACCAAAGAUUCUCCAAGAAGGAACAGAUCCAUCUCUCGCAGACCACUCUUUCAGUUGGAUUAA